AUGACCGUACCUAUAUAGCUUGUUGCAAUCUAUAAACUAUCUACACCCAUAUUUAAAGCAUUUGUAAGUUUAGCUGUAAAUUUGAGAGGGCAAGUAUCUAGAGAUUAGCAGAAAUAUACAUUUGUAUGGGGUUAGUACAUUCUUGCAAUUAAGAUAAGCUAAUUAAUUAUAGUAACUCCAUUUACAUUCUACUGGCCUUGUAGAGUAGCUAAUGUGUUAUCUGUGUAGAAUUUCAUUUAGAAGUUAUUUGUCAAACCAACAGCUGUUGGAUUGUUUACUACCAUUUUAAUAAUAUAGCUUGUUCCUGGUUUAAGAGCAGUAGAGAGUUAAAUUACAAAACUAUUAGAUGAAGUAUUACUGGAACACGUGCUUGAAAUUGUAGCUAAACUAUUUUUAUCCUGA